UCUCAGUAACAAAAAUAAUAAUAAAACAGAGCAGAGCAGAAGCUGAGAGUGAGGAGGGUUUAGAGAAAAUGGGAAUUAGGGUUUUCAACGUGGCGGAGAAACACUCGGUGGCGAGAGAUGUAUCCGCGAUUUUAUCGCGGAAUCAAGGUGGUUUGAGGAGCAGAGAUGGGAGGUCUGUUUACAACAAGAUAUUUGAAUUCAAUUACCAGAUUCAAGGCCAGCAAUGCCACAUGAUUUUCACUUCUAUCCACGGUCAUCUUAUGGAGCUCGAGUUCGAAGAUCGAUAUCGUAAAUGGCAUUCUUGUGAUCCUCUUGAUCUUUAUCAUGCUCCUGUCAGGAAAUAUGUUCCUCAGGAUAAGUUGGAUAUCAAAAAGACAUUGGAGGAAGAAGCUAGAAAGUGCCAGUGGCUCAUUUUGUGGCUUGAUUGUGACAGAGAAGGAGAAAACAUUGCAUUUGAAGUGGUGCAGGUGUGCACUGAAGCUAAUCGCCAGCUUAAUGUGUGGAGGGCUCGUUUCUCUUCGAUAAUUGAAAGGGAAAUUCAUCAAUCGGUACAACGACUUGGUAGGCCUAAUCAACUAUUUUCUGAUGCUGUGGACGUUAGGCAAGAAAUAGAUCUUAGGAUUGGAGCUUCCUUUACCAGAUUUCAGACUAUGCUCUUGAGAGAUGCUUUUGUGCUAGAUUUUGCUGCAGAUGGCAGGAAUGUGGUUCUUAGUUAUGGUCCUUGCCAGUUUCCAACACUUGGCUUUGUUGUAGAGCGAUAUUGGGAGAUUCAGUCACAUGAACCCGAAGAAUUCUGGACAGUGAAUUGCACCCACAAUGCUGAUGAUUGCACUGCUUCUUUCAAUUGGAUGCGCGGGCAUUUAUUUGAUUAUACUUGUGCAGUAAUAAUAUACGAAAUGUGUAUUGAGGAACCCACUGCAACUGUCACACAAGUCAGACAGCGUGAGACUCUAAAAAGACCUCCGCAUCCUCUAAGCACUAUUGAGCUCGAAAAGCGUGCAUCACGAUACUUUCGUAUGGGUGCGAAGCAAACUAUGAAGGUUGCGGAAGAGCUUUACCUAUCUGGUUUUAUUAGUUAUCCUCGUACAGAGACUGAUAGUUUUUCGACCGAGACAGAUUUGCAUACAAUUGUGCAAGAUCAGCAACAGCAUCCUGUGUGGGGAUCUUAUGCCCAAAGGCUUUUAGACCCUGGAGCAGGGCUUUGGAAAUAUCCAAGUAAUGGCGGUCAUGAUGACAAAGCCCAUCCACCCAUUCACCCAACAAAGUUUUCUGCUGGUGAAUCUAACUGGACUCCUGAUCAUCAUAAAUUGUAUGAACUUGUAGUUCGCCAUUUUUUAGCAUGUGUUUCUCAGCCGGCUGUGGGGGCCGAAACUACAGUUGACAUCGACAUUGCAGGCGAACUAUUUUGCACCACUGGGAGAGUCAUACUUGCUAAAAAUUAUUUGGAAGUUUAUAGAUUUGAAUCAUGGGGAGGAUCAAUAAUUCCAACAUAUACCCUUGGACACCAGUUCACACCAACUACUCUAACACUUGACUCUGGAGUUACUAGACCACCACCCCUUUUAAGUGAAGCUGAUCUUAUGGAAUGUAUGGACAAGGCCGGGAUUGGUACUGAUGCAACGAUGCAUGAUCACAUACAAAAACUGCUUGAUCGGUAUUAUGCUACUAAAGACAUGAACACUACUCGUUUCACACCCACGCAUCUUGGCGAGGCUCUAGUAAUGGGAUAUGAUGACAUGGGUUAUGAACUGUGGAAACCGUAUCUGCGUGCAACGAUGGAGUCUGACAUGAAAGCAGUUAGCAUAGGGACAAAAAACAAAGAUGAGGUUCUAACUACUUGUUUGCAGCAGAUGAAAGCUUGUUUCCAAGAUGCUAAGUUGAAUAAAACAAAGCUAUUCGAGGCCAUGGAUGUUUUCUUUGAGAGAACGAACAGGUCUGCUGCAAACGAGCAACAUACGUUUGGAGAGGUUGUUAGACGAUGCAAUCUUUGUCUGGAGUCGGAUAUGGUACUGAAGCGGAAACCGGAUGGAAACUUUAUGGUUGGAUGCUUGGGUUAUCCGCAAUGUAGAAAUGUUGUUUGGCUUCCGGGGCCUAUUUCAGAAGCAUCUGUGACCACAACUGUUUGCAGUAAUUGCACUCCAGGUCCCGUGUUCAUGAUCCAGUUUAAGUUUCGUCGGCUGGAAAUACCAAUGACCUUCAGUGUGGAACAUUUAGGUUGUGUUGGUGGCUGUGAUGAUAUUCUAAAGCAGCUUAUUGAAACGUGCGGCACCGGGUCCCGUGAUAUUCUAGGUGUUUCUGGGAGGGGACGAGGGACCUCUACAUUUCCCAGCAAUGUCCAGCAGAGUAUUCCUAGGCAUGGAGGAGGACGAGGGUCCAAUACAUCUUCAAGCAAUGUCCAGCAAAGCGUUCCCAGACAAGGAAGAGGACGAGGGUCAAAUACAUCUUCCAGCAAUUUCCAGCAAAGUAUUCCUAGGCAGAGAACUUGCACACAUUGCCGGCAGACCGGGCAUACAUCAAAUAAUUGCCCGUCACAGGCAUCCAGAUCACGUAGUGCUCGGUCUCAGGGAACAAACCAACAAGGAGAACCUUCAAUUCCUUGUGGUUCAUGUGGAAACCCUUGCGCAUUACGAACUGCUAACACUGAAAGUAACAGGGGGAAAAAAUUCUAUUCAUGUCAGGGAUGCAACUUCUUCAUAUGGGAGGACGUUCACAAUGAAAGAAAUGCCCCGUCUUCAAAUUACAGUAACCAAGCAUCUGCCCAAAGCAGGAGGGGUGGCCGGGGCAGGGGUGGCAGGAGUGGAGGCAGUACUAAUGGAGGAGGCAACUUUGUUUCAGCAACAGGUGAAACUAUUACUGGUAGAAGGUGUUUCAUCUGUCAAGACCCAUCACACUUUGCUAACGUUUGUCCAAGCAGGGGCAUGUAAAUUUUAUAUAUGCAAGUAUGUUGUUUGUUAUAUAAGCAUCUUUAUCCUUGAGUUGAUUGCAUACCGUUGACUCAGACAAAAUUAAUCUUGUUGGCUUGUACUUUUAAGGUUAUAAAUCUGUAUAUGUAAUAUAACUUAGAGAUGGCCAAGAGCCAAGAUGAAGAUAAAAUAACAAAUCUUUACUAAG